UACGAGUGUGGCUUUUUUACCUUCUACCAUCAUGUUACUCCGCCUGCAAGAUUGAAACCCGCGAACAGACGAUGUCAUUCCUACGCCGACUAUUUGAUAGGCUUAGGAGGCCUACGUAUCUCAUAGGCAGAGACCUCGAAGGGAACAAGUACUACGAGUAUCCGAGCGUCUCCGAUGAAAUGAGACGAACGAAACGUGUGGUGAAGUACAGGGAAGGAGCGGACAUGCUGACCUACGUGGCCGGGAAGAGACGUCUUCCAGUUCAAUGGACAGCGUGGCUCACGCACACGAGGCUCCAUCCACCAGCACUCGAGGAGCUCCAUGCUGACCUGGAGCGGCAGAGACGUGUCCAGUACAACGCGGCUUUGAUUGAAGCGCGCGACCGCGAGGAACGCGUCCAGCAGCUCAGAAUGGCCUCUGCAAGUCAAGGUGUUAUGGAUGGGGCUACAAACUCCCCAGCUCUGGAGGCUACAAAGCAGGAGGAUGCGGCGAGCCUGGUACAGCCUGCAGGUCAUCCGCCCUCCGCCUCCGACGUCUCUGUCACAAAGAAAGCACCCCAGCAAGCUCCGCCCGAUUACCCUGCUCCGGUGUCAGACGAGCCUCAGGAGUGGAGUCCUCGUACAGUUCGGAGGGGCUAAUACCUGCGCAGUUCUCGUCCUGUAACGAGCCUAGAGUCUACUACUAUCACUCAUAUCACGUUGGCACCAUGCCUGUCGAGGCGUGGAGUAAGCAACUCUGUGCCGUUAUUCACUUGGCCAAUUCGAAUGUGAUGUGCGCGGCAUCGCUGGCGCGCUGGCCUCGGCCCCGUGUCGAUGCUUGACGCAAGUACUGCCGUGUCCAUGCUACUUCGUUCAUGGUAGCCGCCUUGCUGAUUCAAUCGGGAGGACCAAUCGAUCAGGGUUGAGAAUACGGUCAAGCUUGUGUUAGUGGAGUUCCUCGCCCUGUGCGCAAAUCUCAUACUGUACCGCAGAUUGAGACAGUAAUGUCGUAUUGGCUAACAU